AUGGCUCCCUCAAAGGAUCCCGUUGCUGAGAUUCAAAAUGAAGUCGCCAACGAGACCACUGCUGAAGUUAUCCAGCAGGAGACCGAAAAUGUUCAGGAGGAGGCCGCGGCGGAGGAGCAGUCUCAGGAUUUGUUUCAAUUAACGGUUAAGCUUCCGCACAAGCCUCAUAAGAUCAACAUCAUGGUCUCCCCCUCAGAGCAAGUCCAGGAUAUCCGACAGACUAUUGUUGAGCUCCCAGGGACAUUCCAAUACACUUGCUUCCAUCUUGAACACAAUGGCACCAGAAUCAGCGACUUCGUUGAGCUCACCGAUGUCCCUGGCAUUGGGCCCGACUCUGAGCUCGUUCUCGUUGAGGACCCAUACACCGAAAAGGAGGCUAGGAUGCAUAUUCUGCGGAUACGGGAAUUGAUCGGUGCAGCUGCCCCCCGUGUAGACGUUGUUCACGGCAUCCAGGCAGGGCUUUCUCUAUUCGACGGGCUCAGCCAAGGCGAAGAUGCGCAGGAUGCAAAGGGCAAGAAGGCCGAGGACGCUCGUCACCCAAUGUCCGACUACGAUUUCGAUGCUCCGGCUUCUCUAGACCACUUUCUCCCUAAAGUCGACCCUACCCCUCCACUAAAGUGCAUUAAGGGUAUGUGCCUUUCAUCGUGGAACCCUCCACCACACAACCUUAGACAGCGCGGCCACCUCUUGUACCUUCAGGUAACCACAAAUGAGGGAGAGCAAUUCCAGAUUUCCGCCCAUGUUUCUGGGUUCUACGUAAACAAAUGCACAAACAACAAGUUUGACCCUACACCAAAGACUUCCCCGAAGUUGCAAAGCGCCCAUUCGCUCAUCACCCUCUUGAGCAUGAUUUCCCCAUCUUUUGAGAAGGAUUUCGCUACGUUUCAAGAGUGGAACAGCCGUAAGGACCCAUUAAUCACAUACCCUCCCACCAAUGCCAUCCCAGCUUCUCCGUGGUUGGUUCCGGGGCAAAACACAUCCAGCCACCAGGCCGACCAAGCCCGCCCACAAGAGACAUACCUCAUCUCAGGAACCGAGAGCGGCGACUCCCUCCGCGAUUUCAACGAGGAGUUCCAGUCGACCCGUGAACUGCCCCGUGAGACCGUCCAGGACCGUGUUUUCCGCGAGCGCCUUCUCUCAAAGUUGUUCGCCGACUAUACAGAUGCUGCCGUCCGCGGCGCAGUUGCGAUCGCAAGGGGAGAGCUUGCGCCAUUGAACCCAACGGAAGGAAGGGAUGCGCAGAUCUACGUCCAUAACAACAUCUUCUUCUCCCACGGUAGUGAUGGAGUCGGCACUUUUGCCAGCGAGGGUGGUGAUGAGGCAGCAAGAGUUGCGACUGGAAAGGAUGUUAUGGGUGUUAAGGCUGUUAAUGGACUCGACAUCCCCGGCCUGCAGACCCCCGGAACUGUUGUUGUUGACUACAUGGGACGCCGAUUGGUGGCCCAGAGCAUUGUUCCCGGUAUCUUCCGCCCCAGGGAAGAGGGACAGUCGCAGAUCGAUUACGGUGGUGUAGAGGGUAAGGACGUUGUUGCGUCUAAUGAGAUCUUUGUCCCGUUGUUUGAGAAGAUGAGCCAGGCUAUGCGGGUGAAGAAGCACACUGUUUGGGAUAAGGAGCAGAAGAGCCAUGAGCUUGUCGCUUCCGUGGAGACCAAGGGAUUGUUGGGAACUGAUGGAAGGAAAUACGUGCUCGAUUUGUACAGGAUUACCCCGUUGGAUAUCGACUUUAUUGAAAAGUAUUGGAAGGGCGUUGAGGGCGUUACUGAGGGUGGCUACCCGCACAGAAUGGCCGUACUGAGGCCGGAGCUUGUGGAGGCUUUCUGGAAGGUGAAGAUGAGAGAGUAUGUCUCAGCAGAGUUGGAGAAGCGAAAGAAGACCAAGGAAGAUGCUACCGCAGUUGAGGGAGCCGCCAAGGAAGAGGCCAAGCAGGAGGCCAAGGAGCCAUCUGGAGAGGCUGCAAAGGAGGAGGCCAAGGAGGAGACUCCCGUAGAGGGCGAGGCCGCCAAGGAAGGCGAGGAGGAAUCCAAGGAGGUUGCGGAGAAGAAGCCCGAGGAGGCUCAGGAAACCAUUGACAUCUCUGGUUUUGACUUCGCGCUUAACCCUGAUGUCAUGUCCGGACAGGUUCCCCAGACCGAUGAGGAGAAGGCGCAGAUGGAGAAGGAUGAGAAGGAUGUCCGAGACGCAUGCGCAUUCUUGCAGGAGAAGAUCAUCCCACGCCUGAUUGAGGACCUCAAGGAAGGCGAGGUCGGCUCCCCCAUGGACGGUCACUCGCUCACCCGCCUUAUGCACAAGCGCGGUAUCAACGUCCGCUACCUUGGAACUAUUGCCAAGCUCGCGCUUGAACAGGGCAACAAGCUUAUCUCUAUCCAAAUCAUUUCCAUCCAGGAAAUGGUUGCUAGAGCUUGCAAGUACAUUCUCAACGGUCUCCUCCGUGGCCUGCCUAACCCUCUUGCACCUUUCUGCAUUUCUCACUUCCUCAACUGCCUUCUCGGAGCUGAGCACAACCCUAACCCUAAGGUUGUUAAGGAUGAUGGUCUAUGGAAAUUGUACCAUGAUGCCGAUUUCAGCUUUGAGCAGCUUAACAUCCAGGAUCUCCGUGCCUCAAUUGAGAAGGAGGUUCAGAAGAGGUACCGCUUUGAACUUGAGGCAGGAUGGGAAACCAAGAUUAAGCCUCUCCAAAUGCUCCGUGAAAUUGCUCUCAAGUUGGGUCUUCAGAUGAGAAUUAAAGACUACCAGUUUGGCUCCGUAAAGGAAGGCGAGGCUGCUAAGCCUAAAGAGGAGCCUACUCCUACAAAUGGCAAUGGAAAGUCUGGCAAGGGCAAGAAGAAGUCUCCCGCAGCAUCGGUUGCCGACUUUACUGAGGUUUCGAAGAGUGGAUCAACCUUCGAGCCUGAUGACUUGAUGAACAUUGUCCCAAUUGUUAAAGACUCUGCGUCCAAGAGCCAGUUGGCUGAGGAGGCCCUUGAAGCCGGCCGUAUCUCUCUCAUCCAGGACCACAAGGACAUUGGUCAGGAAUUGCUUCUUGAGUCGCUCUCUCUACAUGAGCAAAUCUAUGGAGUUUUGCACCCUGAGGUCGCCCGUGUAUACAACACUCUCUCAAUGCUGUACUACCAGCUCGAUGAGAAGGCCGCUGCCGUAGAGCUUGCAAGGAAGGCAGUCAUUGUUUCUGAGCGCACUCUUGGUGUCGAUUCAGCAGAGACUAUCCUCAACUACCUCAACUUGGGAUUGUUCGAGCAUGCCAGCGGUAACACUAAGACCGCUCUGGCCUACAUCAAGCACGCCUUUGGAUUCUGGAGAGUCAUCUAUGGCGAUUCCCACCCAGACUCUGUCACCACCAUGAACAAUGUCGCUGUCAUGCUCCAAGCUCUCAAGUACUACACCGAUUCCCGCAAGUGGUUCGAGGCAUCACUCAAGGUCUGCGAAAACAUCUUCGGAAAGUCUUCACCGCACACUGCCACUCUUUGCUUCCAGCUUGCCCAAGCUCUUGCCCUCGACAACGACUCCAAGGGUGCUGUCAGCAAGAUGCGUGAUGCCUACAACGUCUUCCUCGCACAGCUCGGACCUAAGGACCGCAACACAAAGGAGGCUGAGAACUGGCUCGAGCAACUCACACAGAACGCUGUGACUCUUGCGAGACAGGCGAAGGAUCUUCAGGAACGCCGCAAACGUAUGUUGCAGAUGACACCACGCGUCACGAUGUCUGCAAAGCCCCAGCCACAGGUUGGCCAGAGCUCUCUGGGGAUGCCGGAAUCGACCACCACCGCGACCAGCAGGUCAGGAAUGGACUCGAGGAGUAUUGACGAUUUGUUGAAGUUCAUUGAGGGUUCUGAGGGCCCGAAGCAGAAGAAGAGACAGGGCAAGACCAACCCUAAGAGGCGCGGGGGUGGUGGAGGCAGUGCUUCUAGAACAUGA